CGACCCUGUUCGACAUAAUCCGGUCACUGCUGGGCCCAGAACCGUGUCUCCUCUCCCUGGAGGACCAAGAUUCCUGAAAACACUCUCACAUGGCCCUGCAGCUGCAAGUACAAACUUUGAGCUUCUUAAAGAUUAAAGGGAAUAAAGGAACAAUAAAAGAAAAGAAAUGUUCUCUGACAAGAAUGUAACCAAUUCCAGGAAAUAACCAAACUGCUCUAAAGGUGUGGAACGAUAUUGUUCUUCAGCUCAGGUGAUGGAAAAGGUGAGCAGUGCAGUACUACAUCUCCUGCUCUGGAGUGUAAUCCAAGACUACUAUAUAUGGAACAGUAUUUGUACAGCAGAGCUUGACAUUGAUCCAGUAUUUUGCAGUCCGAGCUUUCAGACAGCAGACAGAGGAGAAAGUGUGUUUGUUCAUUGUGUUUCUGGAGACAGUCGCCCCUUGGUGGAGAUCAGAUGGACUAAAGACAGAAGGACUGUCAGUGAAGAGUUAGAAUUCCAGGGACAAUAUAGUCACAAAAACCCUUUCAAAGCAUCUGCCGAAGAACAUAUUGCUAAUGUCUCAGAGGAAGAUAACAGGAAUUGCAUCAGUGUUACUUAUAAUCCAAUACUUAAUGUCACUACACAUAGCAAUCCAGCAACUUUGAAGGUUAAAGCCUUAACGCCUAAACUCCACAUCAUUAAGAACCCAGAGCACAUCACAGUAGCAUCGGGAAAAACAGCCACCAUGCACUGCGCAAUUCAGGGAUUCCAUUGGUCAAAUGUCACAUGGUUCAAAAACAACAAGCCUUUAAAUGGCAUCAUGAAAUACGAUGACAGCCAACACAUUUUAAUGUUACGGAAUGUGUCCUUUGAAGAUGAAGGCUUCUGUCACUGUGAAGAGAACAUUAGAAAUGAAAUAGUAACCUCACAGGCAGCAUAUCUCCUGCCUGCUGGACACCAGAUGUUGCUGAUUCCUAGGGUUAAUCUGACUGAUGAAGGCUUAUAUCAUUGUGUGGCUUCAAGCACACUGGGACAAGAUGAAAGGACUGGAAGAUUAAAAGUGCAUGCUCAUAUUCUGUUAUGCCUUUCUGUUCUCUAUUUCUUACUGUUCCCACAUUGUGUCUUACAAUGUUGCUCCAUCUUUUUAACUUUUCCCUUUUUAUUUCUCUGUAUCCCAUCUCUCACUGUCUGUGCCCAAUGCCUUCAAGCUCUUUGCAUUAUAUUCUUCACCUUUCUGUCAUCUUCAUCUUUUGGCUCCCAUUCCCCCAUCACUUCUUGUAUUCUUUAUUCUGGUUUUCUUUCAUCUGCUGCUCUUGCUGCAGUCCCGCCUAGUAUUCUGUUCCUCAAUGCCUCAACGCAGGUUCGUCAUGGAUUGGAAUUUACGCUGUUCUGUGAUGUGUCUGGAAUUCCAAAGCCUAAUGUCUUCUGGUUCUUCAAGAACAGGCCUUUAAUUGCCAGUAAUCAGCCUAACGUUCUCACAGAGAAUGGAAUACUUAAAAUAAGAAAGGCAAUGCAAAGUUUUGAAGGUAUUUAUGAAUGUGAAGCUGUGAAUGAAGCAGGGUCAGCAAAAAGAUCUGUAGCUGUAUAUAUUGAAGCACCAGUGCAAGAUCAGCUGACAGAUGAUUGUUCCUUAGCAGCAUCCGACAUCUCUGCUCCCACAAGUUUGGCACCAGAGGAACACACCGUCCAUUCAGACAUUCUGACAGCUAUUGUAUGUCCGUCAGUUUCAGUGAAGUCUAAACAUCUGCAUCAUUCCUAUUCUCAAUCCUCAAGAGGAAUCAAAUUAUUGCCUGUAACAGCUAGCUCAAUAAUAUCACUUGACUCACAGUCUUCAGUCCCAGCAGCAUUUGUAACUUUAAACAUUGCUGUAACAUCUGCAGUGAAACCAUUUCCAUCUGCAACAAUGCUAACAGUGAGACCCUCUUCACCUUCAGCAUUGGCAGUGGAGACACCUUUUCGAUCUUCAGAAAUGUCUACAGGGAAAUUGUUUCCAUUUCAGACAAUAUCCACAGUGAAACCCUUUCAAUCUUGGGUAAUAUCUGCAGUGAAACCUUUUUCAUCUUCAGCACCAGUUGCAAAGAGAUCUUUACCAUCUCCAGUAGCAUCUACAAUGAAAUCUCUCCUAUCUCCAUCAAUGUCUUCAGUAAGACCCUUGCCACCUCAGACACUGCGUACGAUCCCAACAAUAUCUACCAUGAACGCAUUCCCAACUUUAACACCUUUAGCUCUAAGUUCUCCGUCCCUGGACAUACCUGUCCUUACACAAUAUUCUACUCCAGUGGAAGUUGCUUUGAAUCUUACGGAUGUUUCCUCAACAGUGGGUGGCACAGCACUAACAAGCAAUGUUAAUUCUUCACUGGAGAUAUCUCGCUCAACAAAUCCAGGAAAAGCAACUACUUUCACACAGGAGCAACUUCCCCUGUUAACAAGGAAUUCCACUCUGCCAUCACUGAGGACAUAUCUGCACUACUUGAGUAAAGAUACGGCGAAGUAUUCUUCAGAACCAGUUUGGAAUUCUAAUUGUACCACAAGCCAGCCAUUUCAUUCGUCAGCUGCAACCAUUGGAACCAGUAAACGGGGGGGAACAACACCAAAGGAGUCCUCUACAUAUUUUGCUCUAGAAAAGCAUGAUAUUCCUGUUGUGGUGGGCGUCACAAUUUCCCUUACAAUGAUUUUUAUUACAAUGUGCGUCUAUUCUGUAAGGCAGAAGAAAAACGAGAGCAAGGAGACACAACGACACUUGCUGCGUAACUCCAGAAUGUCAUGCCAGAACAGAGAUCGCUUUGAGAUGCAAACACACGAAAACAGAGCAUUUGAGGAGGACAACCCCAGUCAUGCUGUUGAGCAAACUACUCAUGAGAGGCCAAGUGAUAUAGCAUCCUCGCCAAAGCAGUCAUCAAUCAAAGCCAUAACAGUGACAGCGGAGUUUGCUCUGGUCAGCCAAAGCGAGAAUUUCUUCUCCAUCAGUAGAAACAACCACCUCCAAGCUUCAAACAAGGAUUCUUCGAAAGGAGAUCAACAGAAGGAGGCCAAAUUCACCAGUCCCAGCAGGAGUAGAUCAUCUCUUUCACAUCAUGAAAACAUAGUAAAGGAGCCAAAUACUUGGAAGCAAAGUGCUAUAUUCCAGGAAAAGCUAUUGACCUCUCUGCUGAUGGUGGAACUGAACAGGAAUCCUUUCACAGAAGAACGUCAUAAAAUAGAUCCGCUAACUCGAUCGAACUCUAUCCCCUGCUGUGCCAAAAAGGCUUCAUUGAGGAAUGAGCAAGCUCUUUUCAAUGCUCGUUCCCAUUCUGACAAAGUACAAGGAACCUCAUAUUUUAGCCUACAGCCUAUUGGAAAACAGCCUAUGGAUCCUGGAAUGGGGCAGCUUCACAGCGAGCCAACUUCAAGUGACUUGUUAGAAAACCUUUCUGGUGCUGCAAGAAUGAGCACAGGGAUCGAAUCUGUUACGACGGAUGUUCUUGUGUACUCCCAACUCCCAGCGGCAUCAUCCCUUCCAACCCUAGUUCCCAGCACUGCAUCCGUGCAGCUUAUAUCAGUUCCACAUAAACAGCUCGACGGACUGGAUUGUGAAUGAUUGACUGGAACCAGAUGACAAACCUCGAAGCAAAGCAUGGUUGGCUGGACUGCCUCAACACUGUCAAUGUAGUAGACGCAUAUUGUGAAGGUUGGAUUGUCUUCAAUCACCUCAAAUCAGAGGAUGCAUGAAUCUGUCGAGAAACUGGAUCCACAUCAGGGAGCUAAUAAGGCGAAGGGUGCGUACCUGGUUUAAGGUCGUUAAACAAAAAAUGACAUUCUUUUCAACAACAACAAUAUUUUUAUCCUAAGUUACUAACUGUACAAUCCUUCCACAAUAAGAAAAUUUUCAAUAAUAGCCGCAUAAGUAUGUCCCAUCAUAUAAAAGAUCAACAUUGUACAAAUGUUCCAACAAACCCAAUGAUAUCCUCAUGUGUCACUUGAUUAUAAAUUUACCAAAGCAAGUGACAACAAAGAAUAAAAAACCAAACUAAAACAGGAGCAGUACACUUGACUUUAGCUAGGAGAAAGUGAGGACUGCGGAUGCUGGAAAUCAGCAUCUAGUGUGUGUGGUGCUGGAAAAGCACA